AUGAGAAACCACACAAUAACAACCUUCAUCCUGUUGGGACUGACUGAUGACCCUCAACUUCAGAUUCCUAUUUUUGUUUUUCUAUUUCUCACUUACAUAAUAAGUAUAACUGGAAAUCUGACCAUCAUAUUUCUCACUGUGAUGGACUUCCACCUUAAAACACCCAUGUACUUUUUCCUACAGAAUUUUGCCUUAUUAGAAAUUUCAUUUAUAUCUGCUUGUAUUCCUAGGUAUUUGUAUAACAUAGCAACAUGUGACAGGUCAAUUACUUAUAGUGUUUGUCUCCUUCAAGCAUUUUUUAUUGAUGUCUUUGGAGUAACAGAAUUUUUUCUUCUGGCCAUCAUGUCCUAUGACCGCUAUGUGGCCAUCUGCAAACCCCUGAAUUAUGUGACCAUCAUGAGCAGCCCAGUCUGCAGGAGACUUGUCCUCUGCUGUUGGAUGGCUGGCUUAUUGAUCAUACUUCCACCACUUACACAAUUUAUAAAUUUGAAAUUCUGUGACUCAAAUGUCAUUGAUCACUUUUUCUGUGAUUCAUCUCCUAUCUUGAAGAUUUCUUGCUCAGACACAUGGCACAUAGAGCAGAUGGUCAUAGUCUGUGCUGUAAUGACCUUCAUCCCAACCCUUCUGUGUGUUGUUCUUUCCUAUAUCUUCAUCAUCAUCACUAUUCUCAGAUUCCCCUCUGCCCAGCAAAGGAAAAGGGCCUUUUCCACCUGCUCUUCUCACAUGACUGUGGUUUCCAUCACCUACGGAAGCUGUAUCUUCAUCUAUGUCAAACCUUCAGCAAAGGAAUCUGUGGAUAUUAACAAGGGUGUGACAGUGCUGAUGACAUCCAUUGCUCCCAUGUUGAAUCCAUUCAUUUACACUCUGAGAAACAAACAAGUGAGACAAGCAUUCAGUGAUUCCUUCAAAGAACUUGCAUUGGUCUCAAAGAAGUAA